UUGCCAAUGAUGGGUUGAGUGUGAUGAAGAUAUUCAUUGGUGCCAUUCGGAAUGCGGUGAGGUAUGUUAGAUCCUCCCCACAAAGGCUUGAUUUUUUUAAGGAAUGUGUUGAAAGGGUAAAACUAGAGUGUAAAGGGCUUGUGAUUUUAGAUGUCCCUACUAGGUGGAAUUCCACAUUCUUGAUGUUGGAACGAGCUUUGAAAUUCCAAAAAGCUUUUAAUAGAAUGGUGGAAGAAGAUGCGGGUAAUUUUUGUGCAUGGCUUGAAGGUGCCAAAGGUGAAAAGCCAAAAGAAGGGUCACCGGCAAGUGUUGAUUGGCAAUAUGGAGAGCAAUUUUUGGAUUUCUUGAGACCACUUUAUGAAAUCACUUUGAAGGUAUGUUGUUCUAAUUCUCCUACCGUUCAUAGUACUUUUGGUGGUGAUAUACUCUCUAUUUAUGGUCUCUUGCAAGAACAAAAGAACCCAUGUUUGUGUGAGAUUGCAUCACCUAUGCAAGACAAGUUUCUCAAGUAUUGGGGUAGCUUUGAUAAGUUGAAUCACUAUCUAUUCAUUGCUAUUGUUCUUGAUCCACGUCAUAAACUUGAGAAAAUUGUUGACUAUUUUGAGAUUCUUGAUGAUGGGGAUAUGAAUGAAAAUGUGGAAUCUAACACAAAGACUGUGAAGGAUCUCUUGUAUGACCUUUACAAGGUGUAUGAGGAAGAGGGAAGGGAAAGUGGUGUUGGUGAGGUUGUGGGUUCUCAAGUAUCAAGUGAGGGGAUAUCUAGUUCAAGUAAGGGUCUAACGGAGUUAGAAAAGAGAUUGAAAGAGAAGGAGCAAAGGAGAAGAGCAAUGAAAGCCGGGAUCGUAAACAACGAUGUGGAUAGAUAUCUUGGAGAUCCUAUUAAAGGAGAUGGUGAAGGCUUUGACUUGUUGAAUUGGUGGAGGGUGAAUGGAGUUUGUAAAUAUCCUAUAUUGGCCCGCAUUGCAAGGGAUGUUCUAGCUAUUCCAGUGUCAACCAUAGCUUCGGAAUCUUCCUUUAGCACGAGUGGGAGGAUUAUUGAUCCAUACCGUAGCUCCCUAAGUCCUAGAAUGGUGGAGGCCUUGAUAUGUACACAAAAUUGGCUUAGGAGUGAAAAUGUGUAUCUACAUCAUACGCCUACUAUUGAGGAGAUGGAGUUGUGUGAAGAAGCGGAAAGAGAGAUGCUUAAGAUGCCAAGUGGAGCUGCAGUGGGGAGUAGUCGGAGCGGAAUGUUACCUCCAAAGUCCAAGACUUCAUCUUUCCGAGCUUGAGAUCAUGCCAUUGCCCUCAUUCAUAUGUUGAUGUUGGUUCAUUCUUUUUUUUUAUGUUUAAUCUUUUAGUGAACUUAUAAAUUUUUAAUUUGUG